CUUUCCUAACCAAGAAUAUUUAUUUUCAUUUUGUUGACUUGUACAGAAAUAUUAUAUUUAAAAAUGCUUCUUUCGAAAACAAUGUCAAGAUUUUUCUCUACAACAAAAGCGGGGUUCGCGGCAGAAAAGUCACUUCUGGCAUCCUUAAGAAAAAAAACAGGAUAUACUUUUUCAAAUUGCAAAAAAGCACUGGAUAUGCAUAAUAACGAUGUGAUUAAGGCCGAAGAGUGGUUAAAACAGCAAGCUCAAGCACUGGGUUGGUCAAAGGCAACUAAAUUGGAAGGAAGACAGACUACCCAAGGGUUAAUUGGAGUAAUCACUAAUCGAAAUCAUGGAGUUCUUGUUGAAGUAAAUUGUGAAACGGAUUUUGUUGCAAGAAAUAAAGAAUUCCAAAAGAUUGUGGAAGAGACCGCCAUAACAUGUUUAAGUUUUAUAAAUCAACAACCGUUACAAAAACCAUUUAUAAAGGUUCUUUUGGAAUCUGAACAAAUUAGAAAUUUACAUGCACUCGACGGAAAACUAUUACAAGAUCAUUUAGCUUUAAUGAUUGGUUCAAUUGGAGAAAACGCAUCAUUUAAAAGGGCAGCUUGUUUUAAAACUGCUGAAGAUAUUAAAUUAAUUGGCUACGCCCAUCCUUCAGGAAAUGUUGUAAAUAAUGUAUCUAUAGGAAGGUUAGCUGGAAUUGUAGCUUUAAAGGGAUAUUCAAAAAAUAUAGAAAAUUUAGAUUUAGUGGGAAAAGGUAUUUGUCAGCACAUUGUUGGAAUGAAUCCCAAAUUAAUUGGAACCGAUGCCGAUCCGGCUGAAAACAAAGAUGAAGAAGUUUCGUUAAUUCACCAAGAAUAUCUACUAGAUGAAAGUUUAACUAUUAAAGAGUUAUUAAGUCAAAAUAAUGUGGAAGUAGUAGGUUUUAAGAGGUUUGAAUGUGGAGAAAAUGUUUCAACAACAACCAAUCAACCUUUACAAUAUGUUGAAACCUGUCAAUAAAGUUAAA